CAAGAGGAAACGGAAAUAAAUCUCCUGAAGCCGCAGAUUUCUGCCACUGUCUAAAUGAAAGAUUUUUAUGUUUACAUUAAUGGAAAUAUAAGUAGAAACUAUCCUGCAGGCGUGUGCACGGUGUACUACUCCUCCAGCGGAGUGAACGAAGGGAGUGACACAAACACAAACACAACACAAACACAACACAAUGGGAGGACAGACACAGAAGCAGCGCCGAUAACACCGCGAUACAGCUGUGCCUUUAAACCAGCCCACUGCUGCAGCGGCACUGAUGUGGGACUGGUGCUUUCACUAAAUCAAGUGCAGCGAGAGUCGACGGGCGCUGUGAUAAAUGCAUCUGAAUCUGCAGCAGGGCAUUAGUAGAGUAUUGUGUUAAGAUUCCAGAUCUGUCCUUACAAUGGAUUUCCCUUUCGACCUGAACGCGCUUUUCCCCGAGAGAAUUACUGUGCUGGAUAACAACUUGAGCGCAGGUCGGAGAGCGCAUGGGAGACCAGAUCCUCUUCAGAUCAGCACAGUUAUAGAUGAGCUGGGCAACGCCUCCUCUAAGGCCCAGCAGCUGCCUGCUUCUAUAACCAGUGCUGCAAAGCUCCAGGCCAACAGACACCAUCUCUACCUCCUGAAAGAUGGAGAACAGAAUGGCGGGAGGGGUGUUAUUUUUGGGUUUCUGAAGGUUGGCUACAAGAAGCUGUUUUUACUUGACCAACGGGGGGCGCAUUUGGAGACCGAGCCAUUGUGUGUGCUGGAUUUCUAUGUGACAGAGACACUGCAGAGACAUGGCUACGGGCUCGAGCUCUUUGACUUCAUGCUGAAACACAAACGGGUGGAGCCUGAACAGAUGGCGUACGAUAGACCUUCUCCUAAAUUCCUGUCAUUUCUAGAAAAGCACUAUGAUCUCAAGAACAGUGUGCCUCAGGUGAAUAACUUUGUGGUGUUCAGUGGAUUCUUCCAGAGUAGAUCAGUGGUCCAACUGAGAAAAGUUCACCCAAAAAAGCCAGAGGGAGAGAUCAAACCGUAUUCACUAAUGGAAAGAGAAGUGGUUCGGGAGGAGCAGAGGGUUCUCCCCUGGCCGUUCGUUCACCCCGCGGGUCCCCCCCACUCUCCCCCUCUGCUUCCGUCAUCUCCGCAAUCCCGUUCGCUCAGUGUGGGAUCCUCCCCCAGCCGUGCCCUGCUCCGCCCCGCCGCGGCCCCCCGGACCCCCUCCUCCCAGCUCAACGACAGCUGCAGGGCAAAACGCACCAGCUCUUUAAAUAGAUCUAGGCUCAGCUUUCAUUGACCCUCAGUCUUUAACUUAAUUGUCUUAAACUUCUUAGCUAGGUCCAAUUAAAGGAAUAGUUCACCCAGAAAUGAAACUUUGCUAAAAAAUCUACUAACCC